UCAACUGAAGCUCCUUCAGAAGUUGAACAUAAUAUUACCGUAGCCAGCGAAGCACCAACGGUCACGGAGACUUCAACAGAGUUGCCGAACUCAGUUUGCGUUCAUAAGAUCUCGGGUACGUACGCCAAUGGUUGUUCGUCGGAAUUUAUCGUUUGUGUUGAUGGAUCUGCCACCAUAAUGCGAUGUCCUGCAACGCUGGUUUAUGACGAGAAGUCACAUCUGUGCCUCGAGAAGAGCAACAACUUCUCAUACCUGAUCAAUAUACGCUUAUUUAAGAAAGACGUGGAGGUCUGCGGUGGUCAUACCACGUCAUUACCUGUCACAGAGUCAACGACUGAAGUAGCGCAGGAGGAGACAACAGCCUCGUCAACCCCACAGCCAACACCAUUACCUGGUGAGCAUCAGCUACUUUGA